GCAAGGUGAAAUUCCCCAAUUUAUUGCACUUUGGAUAGGGAGAGAGAAAAAUAGUGUUUUAACACAAGAAAAAAGACCAAGGUUGAGGAUGGGAUUUUGGUUCUUUAGUCUUACAUGAAUCAAUCUCAGUUAGGGUUUGGUCUCUCUGAUCUCUUCUUGUUUCAGACACACUCUGCACCAAAAUAGCAAUUGGGGAUUUCAGACAGAACAUCUCAGCUUCAACUUCAUACUCAAUUCUUCAUUGUUGGCGAUCCAUUCUGUUGUCAAAGUUAUUGUGUGAAGAUCGAAGAAAAUGACGGUACCCAAACGGAACUAUACUCGAAUAAAUACGUUGGAGCUGAAAGCUCUUAUUCUACGAAAGAUUGGUAAUCAGAGAGCUAACAAGUACUUUGAUCAGCUUGGGAAAUUGGUUAGUUCAAAGAUCAGCAAGACUGAGUUUGACAAGAUUUGCAUCAUGACGAUUGGGAAGGAAAAUAUCGCUCUACACAAUCAACUCAUUAAGGCAAUUCUCAAGAAUGUCUGUCUGUCUAAAGUCCCACCUGUUAGAGGGUCUGCAAAAACAAGGAGUGUCUUGAAUGCGAAAGAUCCAAACCAGCAGCAGAUCAGUCCGAUUCAAAUGCGGUAUGGGGAUGCGUUUCCGCCUUCUCUACGUAGGGGUGGUUCUUUGGCUACCUAUGAAGCGGCGCUUAAGGGCUGCCAACCCCAAAGUCUUGCAUCUAAACAUUUGAUGUAUAAGACUCCAGAGCAGCAGAGUGCAACGGAGCUGAAUUCCCUUGGCAGUAGGCCUCCCAUUUCUGUGGAAGAUGGAGAAGAGGUUGAACAGAUUGCUGGAAGCCCAAGCAUUCAAAGUAAGAGCCCGGUUACAGCUCCACUUGGGAUAUCAAUGAAUUUCGGUUAUGGACGUAAAGCUCUUUCUAGUGCACCAUCAUGCAGAAAGUAUCCUCCAGAGACUUGUUUCAGCAAUGGAUAUCUCCCCGAUACGUCAUCUCUGAGGCGUCGUUUGGAGCAAAAGUUGGAGAAGGAUGGUUUAACUAUGACAGUGGAUUGUGUAAAUCUAUUGAACAAUGCACUGGAUUCUUAUAUGAAGAGGUUGAUUGAAUCCUCCAUGGGUUUAUCUGGGUCAAGCUUCGGAAAUGGGCACCAAAGACAGCAAAAUGGGCACUCUAUAGCUGAUUCGAAUAUACUGCCACCCAGAAGAUAUAUGCAAACAGCAACACAAUCUUCUGGCGCAUCUCUCUUGAAUUUUCGUGUUGCAAUGGAGUUAAAUCCACAAUCUCUUGGAUCAGAUUGGCCCACACAGCUUGAGAAGAUUUGUAUACGUGCUUCUGAAGAAUGAAGACUCUGUCCUUAGUAGAUCAGAAAUUUAGUUGCAGAUGUAAUCAAAAAGGUAGGCAGGAGUUGGUAGGAACCUGCAGUUGUGGUAUACUUUGAAUAUUGAACCGUGUUUACUUCAAAUUUUUGUCAGUUCCUUAAGUCACAAAAUGUGCCGAUACAGAAUAAGCCACAGCAUUUUAGAUAGAUUUUGAUAAUUGUUAGGGAGUAGGUCAUGUCAAUACAAGAGACUGGAACCUCUGAGUAGGAUUAAGAAGUUCAUUGUAUCAUGAAUGUAACACCAUUGUUCAAUAAUAUCCAGUUCUGAUUGUUAAA